GACACAUACCAUACAUGAAAUAUGUUAAUUUGGAAUUCUUCUAGUUAAUUUUCAGUAGCGGGCAAUUUUAUCAUCUCAGAGUGCAACAAAGUUAUGUGGAAUGUUUGGAUCCAGAAAAGUAAUUUGUCACUGGGUUCUAACUUUAAUAAUUGGGCUUAAAUUUGAUUUUGUAAGCCAUCUUAAAAAAAGGAAUGGCAUGAUUCUCUCUGCUUGACAUUAUUCCACAUCACUAUCUACACCACCUUUCCAUUUUCUCGGUUCGCUACAUGCACUGGAGGUACCGUAAUCCACAGCAGCCGGGCACAGCUGGCAUGGCCCCUGUUGAGGAGGGGAACGGGCACGAGUCUAGCCUCCCAAGAGACCGCCCUCUCUUCUAAACCUCCUCUUCAGACGCUCCACGGCGAAGGCUUUGGACACGAGCCGCAGCUCCCAGCGGCAGCGUCUCAUUGCCGUCCCGGUCCGCUGCCUCUACAGCCCAAGGUGCCCGCCCGUCUGCGCACCAGUGGGAGCGAGGCUCGCGCUCUCUUCCCCACCCCACGGCUUGCUUCCCAAUUCAAGAGGGGAGCAGCGACCUCUCCCCUUCCGCGUCCACACCUGGCGGUGCCUCGCCCGUCCCAGGACAGGUUCCUAUGGUGAGAAGGAGGAGCAGAAGCCGCGAUUGGGGGCCGCCGGCGCCUCCCGUCUGGCCAGGCGGCGGCGACGACGACAGGAGGAGGAGGAGCUGCGCCGGCGGAGCGGAACUGGAGCGGCUGCCCGCGAAUAUGGCGGCGGCGGCGGAGCAGCAGCUUUCGGAAGCCUCUGCCGUCGUCGCCCCUCUCCCGCUCAGCGGCGGUGGCGGCGGUGGCGGCGGCUCUGGGUCUGUGCCGGUGCCGGUGCCGGUGCUCUUUUGCUUCUCGGUCUUCGCCAGGCCUUCGACGGUGCCACACGGCUCCGGCUACGAGAUGCUAAUUCAGAAGUUCUUGAGCCUUUACGGCGACCAGCUCGACAUGCACCGCAAGUUUGUGGUGCAGCUCUUUUCCGAGGAGUGGAGCCAAUACAUCGACCUGCCCAAGGGCUUCCUGGUGAAUGAGCGGUGCAAACUGCGCCUCGUGCCCCUGCAGAUACAGAUAACAACAUUGGGCAAUCUCACACCAUCCAGCACUGUGUUUUUCUGUUGUGAUAUGCAAGAAAGAUUCAGACCUGCUAUCAAGUAUUUUGGAGAUAUUAUCAGCGUAAGCCAACGAUUGCUUCAAGGUGCACGGAUUUUAGGAAUCCCAAUCAUUGUAACCGAACAGUAUCCUAAAGGUCUUGGAAGCACCGUUCAAGAAAUUGACUUAACUGGAGCUAAACUUGUUUUACCCAAAACAAAGUUUUCUAUGGUCUUGCCUGAAGUUGAGGCUGCUAUAGCAGAAAUACCUGGAAUCCGCAGCGUUGUUUUAUUUGGAGUAGAAACUCAUGUAUGCAUUCAGCAGACAGCACUAGAAUUAAUUGGCAGAGGUUUGGAAGUUCAUAUUGUGGCUGAUGCAACCUCUUCAAGAAGUAUGAUGGACAGAAUGUUUGCUCUGGAGCAUGUUUCCUUUAUGGGACGGAUUUCUCAGAAUAAAGACACAAAGCGCCUUGCUCGCACUGGGAUUAUUGUUACCACUAGUGAAGCCGUAUUGUUGCAGCUGAUAGCUGACAAAGAUCAUCCCAAAUUCAAAGAAAUCCAGAACCUCAUUAAAGCAAGUGCUCCAGAGUCAGGACUUCUUUCUAAAGUAUAAAUACACUUAAAAGAAUUUGACAAAGGAAAAUGAAUACAUAAAUACACACUAUCACAUGGAGAUGUAUAAUCUCUCCUACACGCCUAUCAAUUGAUGUAUUUUGCCUGCCUUAGCAGAAUUUGUUAUAUUAUGCGUUCCAGGUGCUGGUAUAUUCUAUAGUUGUAGCUCUUUGAGUCUUGGAGCACCGUAGGGUCAUUUUCUGUUCAUAAUAAAGUUUAAAAUAGAGGUACAUGUUUGUCAGUAUUGUACCCACUGAUUGUAAUUUAACUCCUCAAAAGCAACCCCCGUAUUUUUGUGAAACCUUUUUGACUGAAUGAAUAAAUGUACUGUGGAAUUGUAUUACUAUUUGUAUAAUUAAUGCAGUGACAUAGAUAAACGUGUUAAUUAUGUUUUAACAUUUAACAUUCUAUGAAUGGAACAAUAUUUUAAAUGAAACGGGAUACAGAGAAGAUGCUUAAUCAUUAGAGAAGGCAAUAAUAUAAAUGCAUAAUUAUUUGUGAUAUAGCUAGGGUGGUUCUUAAUUAUUCAGGACUUUAUUAAAUGCUGUUGCAAAAUCAUUUAUUGAAAGUUUUUAACUAGAAAAUUCUAAAAUGUUCACUUCCAAAUCCCAAGCAAUUCUGUCAACUUGUUAAUAGGAAUAUAAGAGAGAUUGAUGAGACUGAAGUAGGAAAUUUUAUUUUACUUUUAAAUAUUCAAAACAAGAUGCUCAAGCUUCUCAUUUCCAAAUGUUGAAAUAACUUCUUUCUGGAUGUGUUCAGGGAUUUAUUUUUAAUCCAUGAAUGUAUAGAUUUAAUGAACUCCAUCUGGUUUCUGCAUUAAUUCUGGUAAAUUAAAGAUGUAGUAAAACCUGCAUCAGUUUUAUGCUGCAUUUUGAAAUACAGAUGCUGAAUACUGUUUUAAAAAAAGCCUGAUUUAAUAGAGUGUACUGUUUUUGAUGUACUGUUUUAUAGCUAGAAAUAAAUUUGAGUAAUCCUGUU